UUCGACCCUCUAUCUACAGCACACACAAUGUCGUCUCCACCAAUAUGGUUCAUCACAGGCUGUUCAUCCGGCUUCGGCACUAGCCUUGCACUCCUCGCCCUACGCUCCGGCCACAAAGUGAUAGCCACAUCCCGCAACCCCUCCAAAACCCCCGUCCUCGUCUCCGAAGUCCAGAGCCUGGGCGGCGUAUGGCAUACCCUAGACGUCUGUGCUCCAGAACCCGAGUUAGCUAAAGCGGUCGAGAAAGCCACAAACGUAUGGGGACGAAUCGAUAUCCUAGUUAACGCUGCGGGCUACGCUCUCCUAGGAGCUUUCGAAACCUUCAGCGACGCAGAAGCACGCGCCCAAAUGGCCACCAACUUCUUCGGCCCCCUCACCCUAACCCGGCUGAUCCUGCCCUCGAUGCGCGUCCGCCACUCCGGCACCGUCGUCCAAAUAAGCAGCGCCACCGGCCUCGAAGCCAAGCCCUCGCGGUCCCUGUAUUCCGCCUCCAAAUUCGCGCUCGAAGCCUUCUCCGAAGCCCUGUACCACGAAGUCAAGCCCCUCGGGAUCCGCGUCCUGCUGGUCGAACCGGGCUGGUUCGGCACGAAUUUCUCGCGCGCGCUGGCGAGGCCCGAGGCAGCGUUGCCGCGGGAGUAUGAGGGGACGGUCGUCAAGCAGGUACUGGAUGCUACGGUUGCGCUGGGGGGUGUGGGGGCCAGCGCCCCGAAUGAUGUGGAGAAGGGGUGUAGGGCUGUGUUUGAUGCUGUGAUGGGGAGGGGAUUGGGGGAGGGGCUUGAGGAGACGAUUAGGUUGCCGUUGGGGAAGGAUUGUGUGGCGAGGAUUAGGGUUAAGAUUGAGGAACAUCGGCAUAUGUUGGAUGUUACGGAGAAGUUGUGGAGUUCUACGGAUGCGGACUAA